AUGACUUCUGCUUUGAGCGGUUUGGCCCUUCACAGUGAAGCCGGCGCUCCUCACGUUGCUAGCAGUGGGCGCCACGGGAGCGUCUCAAACGUUCACAACAAGAGUGGGUAUUCAGCCUUAUACUCGAACACCAAAACUAGCGGAAGUGGGAACUUCCAGUCUUGUACCGACCGCCCCCUUCGUGCAGGAAUUUACGCCCCGACACCCGCCUUCUUUGACCCCACCACCGAAGAGCUCGAUCUCCCUACAACCCGAAAGCAUGCAGUUCGUCUUGCACAAGGCGGAAUUGUUGGACUCGUUACCCAGGGUUCUAAUGGAGAAGCAGUGCAUCUAAGCCAUGCGGAGCGGAGAAUUGUUACUGCGGCAACUCGCGAGGCUUUGGAUGAUGCUGGCUUUAGGGAUAUGCCCGUGAUCGUUGGAUGUGGCGCGCAAUCCGUCCGUGAAACAAUCGAGCUAUGCCACGACGCUCUGGUCUCUGGUGGUGACUAUGCUAUGAUCCUACCGCCUUCGUACUACAAGUCCCUCUACACGGCCCAGUCGCAAUUCGAAUUUUUCACCACUGUCGCCAAUGAAUCCCCAGUUCCCAUCCUGAUCUAUAACUACCCCGGCGCCGUUUCGGGCAUUGAUCUUGAUUCGGACGUUGUCACCAAGCUCUCAAAACACCCUAAUAUCGUCGGAUGUAAGCUCACUUGCGGCAACACUGGAAAGCUUGGGAGAGUCGCAAAUGCAGCGCCAAGCGGGUUCAUGACUCUUGGCGGAUCGUCAGACUUCACUUUGCAAACCUUGAUCGCUGGCGGCAAGGGUGUCAUUGGCGGACUCGUGAACAUUGCACCAAGAGCUUGCGUUGACGUCUUCAAUCUCUACGCUGCUGGCAGAAUGGACGAGGCGGAGAAGAUGCAAGCAGUAGUCGGAAGAGGUGAUUGGGGUGCAAUCAAGGGAGGUGUUGUUGGGACGAAGGCUUGUCUGCAAGCUCACUUCGGAUACGGAGGAUACGGGCGGGCACCACUUCCUCGACCAAGUGCGGAGAGAGCUGCGGAGUAUAAGGCCGACUUUGAAGAGUUGUUGCUACUCGAAGAGUUUUUGUGCAACGGUAGCCGCGAGGAGGACAUCCAUUACGACAAGAAAAACGAGUACCCGCAGCUCGUUGAUCUUGAACGCAUGCUUAUCUAA